AUGACCUUCUUUGGACGAACGCGGAAUGUCGUCGUCACGGGCGGUAAUCUUACUGACAACUCCGGCUCGACGUACAAUCAUUACUACUCUCAUGUUAACCUUGUCUAUUUAUGGGGACUCCUCCCUGCCAUCGCACCUCUAACAUCCCCAAUAACGACUUUGCCCUCGGAGUCGCCCCCUAUUCGACACGUACACGACAAAGUCGAGUCUUUCUCACCCGCCCAAUACGGUCUCCAGUACAUCCGAACGCUCGUCGAGCCAUACGCGGGCGGGGUGCUCAAGCGGCUAUACGACAAGCUGUGCAACCUGAAGAGCAUUUUUCAGCUGGCUUACCUCGCCCAUCGUGCUUGCCAAACUACACUCCUUGGGAGCAUCGGGACAUCGUCCCACCAUCUACACAAUCCCUCACAUCAAUCCAGCUGGCUGUCCACGAUACUUCGAAUCCUACCUUGCGCUGGAAGAAACAACGAGGAGCCUCCCUACGUUCGGGCGGUACGGAAGCAGAUCGACAGGGAUGCGCGCGGAUUGGUCCAGACACUCGCUGCUUUGAAAGUAUGCGCCUGGAAGCACCAGGUCCUUGCAUCUACCAGCGGGGUACCUCUCUCUAUGGAGGAGCUACAGGCUUUCUUCGACGAGGAUACCUUUCCCUUUCUGAAAGGCGUCGAUGUCGAGUGUGUUGUGAUCAGAGAUCCGGUGGCCAAUGACUUCCAGAUCCCUAUCCGUUUUGUUGAAUCUCGCAGGGCGAUGCACUAUUUUAUUGAACAUGGAUGUCGCGGGACUGAGGGCAGCGCCUUCAUAGAAUCCAAGCGAUAUCAGUUACACGAUUCAUUGACCAACCAAAUCAUCGAUGAUGCUGUCCAUCCCAGCGUUCUUCAACCAAACCGCAGACUGGACAUUAGCAUAGUGGUAGAGAGACCCGCUAUGCAGCCGGGACUCUGUCCAAAGUGCGAUCUUCUGUAUCCUUGCGAUGACUCGGAAUGGGCUAAAUGCGAGAACUGCGAGAUGCUUUUCAGCGUCUCCUUGACUUCGGCACGUCUGGACACGGCCCCAAACUCGACCGGCGCGGACAGUUACAUCACUGCAGGACCUCGUGAGGCACCGGUACCCGUUUCGGCGUACCUUGGGUUCCGCCGCCUCUUGUUUCAAGUUGCAUGGGUCCAAGUGGAAUCCAGCAUUCCGCAGAGGAUAUCUCCAGCAUUAGAUAUCUCCACUUCCAAUCGCCAGGCGGUGCUUUACAUGCCUUCGGACUCCGAAGACGAUGAUGAAGAAAGGGCCGGUUCUCCUCUUCUCUCAUCAUUCCAGGUGUAUGGAAUCGGGGGAGACUACUCGUCUACACAUCGACGCGUCCCUCUCACUGCAAUUCUGGAGGAGUUCGAGACCAUGGGAAGGUUCGUCAUCGAUACUGUGUCGUUGCACCAUCUGAUUCUAGUCUAA